AUGAUAUUCACGGAGAAUUCAAGGCAGGAUCCUGUCGAUAUCCUCCAAGACAGUCUUCCUUUUAUCCUUCCUAGUAUAGACCGCGUCUCGCUUCUAUCCGGUGAAUCCUACUCUUAUUACUCUCCCAAGCCAGUCUCAAUUACGGAUCAAAAUGCAUCGACAUCUCCUAGCAACCAACCAAGCCAGCCGUACGUUCUUGGUGUUGAUGAAGCUGGUCGCGGCCCUGUUCUAGGUCCGAUGGUCUACAGUGCUUUUUACCUACCCAGCCAUCUUCAUCGCUCGCUCUUGACUCACGAGUAUAGCUUCAAUGACAGUAAAACACUCACCCCCGGCGUUCGCUCCAAUCUGAUGCGAUUACUUUGCACUCCUGGAAAUUCACUCUUCAAGUCCUGUGGAUGGGCAGUCAAAGUUCUUUCAGCGCGAGAUAUUUCGUCAGGCAUGAUGCGGCCGGGAACCGGGAUCUACAAUUUAAAUGCGCAAGCAAUGGAUGCUACCAUCGAAAUCAUCCGCGGCAUUGUAGAGGAUAGGAAAGUGGAUGUAAGAGAGGUCUACAUUGAUACUAUUGGGAACCCAACAACCUAUCAGCAAAAAUUAGAACGAAUCUUCCCUUCGCUGAAAAUAACGGUGGCGAAGAAGGCAGAUUCGUUGUAUCCAUGCGUCAGUGCCGCAAGCGUUGUUGCCAAAGUGACUAGGGAUGCUGGAUUGGAAGUGUGCUACGAGAAAUUGCUCGGAAGUCAACAAGAUAUCAAUCAACAAUCCUCCCAAAAUCUGCGGACCACAGAAGGUUGGGGCAGUGGUUAUCCAUCAGAUUCUAAGUGUGUGGGCUGGCUGCAGAGGAACAUGAAUCCUAUUUUUGGUUGGCACAAUGUCUGCCGAUUCAGCUGGGGUACUGCAAAAGAAAUGCUGGAGUUGAAAGGAGGGACCACAGUCGACUGGCCUGUAUAUGAAGAAAAUAAUGCGAGUCUAACAGACUUUCUUUGUACGCCGGGACCAGGGAAGAAUGCCAGUGAUGACGGAUUGCGGGAAUGGUAUGGACAUAAAGCAACGGAAAUCUUAUGA